UACUUGAACAGGCACACCCUGCUCAGAAUCGGCCAGAGUCCGUUUUUGUGUCUGUACGAGGGUUGUACAGAUGUCGAGGAAGUAGAUCAGCGCGCACUUCCAGCUGCAGAAGAUCAUAUCCGGUAGGACGAAAACGUCGAAAACGUCGACCACCACAUAAUAGUAUAUCAGGAUGCUAGUAUCUGUGCAAUGCAUAUGAGGUACACGACGACUCCCUGGCUUUCGCUUUUCCUGAUAGAUAGGCAUGGCAGGCAGUUUUUUGGACCUCGACCUGCAAAAGUGUCUGCGUGAGUAGAGAGCGACUGCGUGGCCGCGACUAGCCGAAGCCGCUGUUUGAUUGUAGUCGUUGUGCGGAUUACGGCUACUUUUUACUGUCUAUUCAUCAUCUAUCAUGCAAGGACAAACAGUCAGACACGUAGUGAAACGACGUGCAAGAACAUUUUUAGCAUGACAGAUUGAGAUCAUGGGGCGGGUAGGUACAACGACGUUUGUUUUGAGCAGCAUAGUAGUACAAGAGGCAGUUGGCUUUGUUCCACCAGCGGAAAGAAAUACCUCGUCAUCCUCCUCCACGCGCCGGACUAGCGGCGGUACGGGCGUGGGCGGGGAUGCUGGUAAUUUCAUUUACGGAAAGUCUGGCACUUCUAUCUUGCAGUCCAUCGUCCGCAGCAGCGCCCUGCUAACGACGUUGUUCCCCCCGCAGCUGCCCGAGGAAGAGGAUAUUAGCCCGGGCAGCACUAGCUUUACCAGCGCCCCGGGGCACGGAAUUACCGAGGGAGAGGAUGACGAAGAUGAAGCGCACCAAAGCUCUUGGCCAGGGCCGCAAACAACAACAAGUCAUAGACGAGAAACUCCGAGGAAUAACGUUGCGAACAGCAAGUUCUCGUCGAGCGCGAAGAAAGAUCCCCCUGUUUGGACGCUGCAUUCAAGAGGCGGCAGGGAAAAUAUCAAAUGUAAAAAUGUCUGGGUCUGGAAGAAUGCAAGCUGUCAUGCUAAUUCUGAAGCAUGCAAAUAUCUGUGUUGCAUGAUUACCAAAAGUCGUCCAGUUUUGACCAGGUCGGGAGGGAGUUUCUCAUGCAGGAUAGGCAUGAGAGAGAUCGCACAGAAUCUGUCAUGCUAGGACCUGCAUUCCAGACCUCAUGGGUCAUGGAAAAGCUGCAUGACAAAUCGCGCAUUCUUCCAGACCCAGACAUUUUUACAGUUGAUAGAAAAAGACCAGGAGCAAGUGCUGAGUGCCGCGCAAUCCCCGGACGGGUAUGUAUUGCAAAAAUGUCUGGGUCUGGAAGAAUGCAACUUGUGAUGCUGUAUUUGGAUUCCAAAAAAAUCUGUAUUGCGUGAGUAGCAAACAGAAUGCAACUUUUGCUACGCUGAGAAGGCAUUUGUCAUGCGGAAUAGGCAUCAAGAAGCCCUCAAAAAAUCUGCACUGCUAGGGUAUGCAUCACAGACAUCAUGGCUCAUGCAAAACGUGCAUGACAAGUGUCAGAAUCUUCCAGACCCAGACAUUUUUACAGUUGAUAACGGGUCAACCGUGGCGAUUUUGCAUCUAGAUUUGCAGCUAUCCCUCUACCAGCUCAAUAACUACAGCAACGGGGGAAAGAACAAACGAAUGAAGCUAGUGCACAUGUGGAGCUAUCAACUGCAAAUGUCAUCUUCGAUGAUCUGGAGGGGAAAGCCUUGCUGGAACGAGUACCAAAUUGCGCGCCAUGAAAUGUCGCUAUCAAACUCGCAUAGUAGUUUCAGUUUUUUCGGUGCUUCCGAUCCGGGACUGUAUCGUGCCUGUUGCGAAAUCGCGCCGCGUCUUUGUUAUGACAUGCGCGUUCUUGCGCAUUCCAGAACAGCUCAAAAACUUCUCACGCACACGUACCGCGCAAUUACUGGAGCGACAGCAGUUUAGAUUUUAUCAAAGUAUAGUCGCAUCAGCAUCACGUCCCCGACUACUUUCCAGACCAGCCAGACCUAGAUAUUUGUCACCUGCAUAGGAGCCUGAGGCCGACCACUGGAGCACCGGAGCAGCAAGAACUCGCAUCUGCUUCAGGUAAGGCGAAGACGAAAACGAUGCUCGCGAGGAAUUGGAAUUGGCUACGCGGCCGGAGCGACCAAAAGCAAGGAGUGGAAAACUACUACUGCCACCAGCUGCACUUUCUUUCCCGCGAGCACUUGCUGACCUGCUGUUGGGCGCAAGAGCCUUGUUCUGGUGGUCCAAGAUCUUCGACCUCAACACCAGGAGCGAAAUUCGACCUGUGGAAGCUGGGGAGGACCGUUUCGAAAGUAUGGUCGCUGCAUAUUAUUCUCCGUGAACCUAUGAGUGCAUGUAUGCUUUUUGCUAAAUUAAAAUUAUAGCCAGCAACCUGGAUGGCUAUGAUUUAGCGAAGAUGAUGGUACCUAGGGAAGGUAAAGAUUCUGUACUAGUUGAAAGAGAUAUGAAAAAAAUUUGCAUCUUUGCUUGUAGGCUCUGUCUUCCGCUAAAUCCUACUAUCACGAGGCCACACGCACUCUGUAUACGUUUAAUAAGGAUAGCCCUGGUCCUGCACCUGAUCUUUUCAGCGCUCCUCGGAUGUUGAAUCGGGUGC